AUUAAAGGAUAAGAAGAAGAGUUACAUUAGAUGUGAAUUGCAUUUAACGCCGCGUUUAGUGAUGUCCUCCAAAAUCAAAAUGCUCGUUUUAACCUUCGCUGAAAAAAUCGAGACCCCGGGGCUACGUCUGGAACGUUCUAUUGACGAUAUACUCCCUUUCUCGACGGCCUCAGGAGUGGCACAAAGGGGUCCGUCGAAGAACCUCUGGUUCUCACUCUUAUCGUUGCUGUCGUUGAUAAUCCAGACCAGUUUGCAGCGACAGUCCCACGGAUUGGCCGCCAAA